AGUAGUGGAGAGUCUGAAUACAACCGAGUCAGUAGUGUGCGAAGAAAGAGUCUGAAACAACCAUGACAAUUGAAUGGAGCGAUUGGGACACAGCUGGAUCAGACGACAAGCCCAGCGGACGAUCAACCAGCGGUGGCGUCGACGCCAGAGAGCGUCACAAGCUUGCCGAACGUGAACGCCGGAAGUCCAUGCGAGAGCUGUUUCUUUCUCUCCAUGCUCUCCUUCCUCACGCCAACACAGUUCGAAAAGAACAGUCAGCAAUCCUCGACGAGAUCAUCAAGUACAUCCCCUUAGCCGCGGCUCGCCUUCGAUCCCUUCAGAACCGAAUGGAUUCGUCAUCGUCGUCGGCUGCUCCCAUGUCGUCACCAGAUGUGCAGGUCUCCGACCGUAGCUCGGCCGCGUCCAAUUCAACUGACUGCGACAUCCGCGUUGCACCUGAGCCUUCUUCGUCCGUAUCGAUUCGCAUCCGAGGUGACCGUGUUAAUGUGUCUCUGUCUGACAGCAAGACCACCUCGCAGGCUCUCUCACUCUCUGCUGUCUUGGAUGAGCUCGAAGUUCAUCAUCUCGAGCUUAUCCGCUCUACUUACUGCUGUGAUGGAAGUAAAACAAUUAAUUACUCUGAAAGCAAGGUUUGUGAUGGGUUGGACAGAUCUCCAACUUUGUUAAAGGCAAGACUGCAAGAACUAGCUUGUAAACUGCAAAAGUUGAGAAAAUCGUCCCCGCGUAAGAGAUCCUUUGAUCAGCUCGACUGAUUAAUUUGAUCGAUCGGUUUAUGGAAUAACAUGUCACCCGGUGGUUAAUUCCUAUGUCGUCUAUGCUGCUGGCUGCUGCUGCAUAGACGAGUGUGAUCUCACCAAGUUCUUUUUUUUUUUUUGUGGUAAAAAAAAAAAAUAUGAGAAUAAUUCUGUCCCCAGUCUACCUUGUCAGAUGUUGAAGAGGCGUUUAGAUUAUGUAUUGUAAUUGAAAAUGGAACAAUUGCGACAAGUCAUUCUCCA